GCUGACUUCAUGAGACCGAGGAUCUCGUUCAUUGAUCGAUGCUGCAUUUUCAACAUCUUGGAUAAUGAGGCUGGAGUGCAAUGGCAUGAACUCGGCUCACUGCAACCUCCGCCUCCCGGGUUCAAGCGAUUCUCCUGCCUCAGCCUCGAGAGUAGCUGGGAUUACAGGUAGAAAAUGAGCAUCACGGACGUGCUCAGUGCUGACGACAUUGCAGCAGCGCUCCAGGAAUGCCGAGACCCAGACACUUUUGAACCCCAAAAAUUCUUCCAGACAUCAGGCCUCUCCAAGAUGUCAGCCAGUCAGGUGAAGGAUGUUUUCCGGUUCAUAGACAACGACCAGAGCGGGUACCUGGAUGAAGAAGAGCUUAAGUUUUUCCUCCAGAAGUUUGCGAGUGGUGCCAGAGAACUGACCGAGUCAGAAACCAAGUCCUUGAUGGCUGCGGCGGAUAAUGAUGGAGAUGGAAAAAUUGGAGCAGAGGAAUUCCAGGAAAUGGUGCAUUCUUAAAAGCCCCAGUCUCUGGCGAAAAGAGAGAAAGGGAUGAUCACCUGGAAUGAUUCCAAAGCCCUGGGAAUGGGGAACCCCACAUCCUACCCCUACCUAAUUUGUAAAUUUCCCCUGAAAACCUUCUGCAGUUUGCUCAUUGUUUUAGCGAGGUCACGAGAGAGUCACUGAUGAGUGUCUUGGUGGUGGGUAUAUGCCCUGACAACUUCUGUAAGCCCCCUUCCCCCGGCAGGCAAUGCCUCUAAAAAUCACCCAAUAAAGACAGGCUUCUCAUCAUCUG